GUUCCGGCCAGCUAUGAGAACAGGAAGCGAGGAGACGCUGAUGGCGCCCGACUAGAAACACUAGCAACUAAUCGCUUUCGAACACCUAAUUUAUUUAACCUCAUUCGCGAACGAGAGGAGCGAACAGUCGUCCAUCUACGACACUUUCUCACAGAGCAGAGAUGGACUCGGAGGAGAUGGAGGUGGAGAGCAGCAGUGAUGUGGGACAUUCUGGGAUGGAGGAGCCAUCAGAAAGUGGCAUGGGCAUGGAGUCUUCAGAGGCCAUGUCUGCUGAUAGCAGCGAUUCGGCUGCUCCUGCCCAGGCCCCAGAAUCAGAUUGUCAUGUAGGACAGAGUUCUGAGGGACUUGUGGUUUUUAUCCCAGAGACCAGCUCAAGCACAGAUGUGCGAAGAGUUCAUCUCCCAGACUCUUCCUCUGUCGCCCAAUCAACCAGUGUGUCUAGCGUCUCUACGGUGACACAAUCGGUCCUGGUGUCGGAGUCUGUCCAGGUCCUGGUGCAUUCCAGUGCUGUGUCUGAAGGAGGAAUGAUGGUUUCUGAUUCUACUGCUUCCACCUCCUCAGAUCUUGGCUCGGCUAUUGACAAGAUCAUCGAAUCCACAAUUGGACCUGAUAUUAUGAAUGGAUGUAUUGCCGUUACGAGCGCAGAAGAUGGCAGCGCAGUGACAACACAGUAUCUGAUACUUCAAGGACCUGAUGAUGGAGCACCAGUGGUUCCUCAAAUGUCUUCCUCUGCACUGUUGAGUCGCAUUGCCAUUGAAGCUCUUGCGGAUGGACCCACCUCCACAUGCCAGGAUCAAGCAGACCUAUCAGAUAACCCGCAGGGCAGCGUGGAACCCGACCAGCCUGGACACUCUGGUUACUAUGGACAUGAAGAAGGCAGCAGUAGCAGCCGCCCAGACCAGACCCAGCACUCCCAGUACAUUGAGUGCAGUGAAGGGGAUGACUCAGACCAGACCAGAGAGGCUCGAUGCAUUGAGUGCUCAGGAGCAGAACCAGACAAAACCCCACAUUAUUCUGGGAUCACGAACUACAGCGUGGCCGAGUGCAGCGGUACGAAUUCUAGCCCUCAGAGAUGGCCGUUUUGUUCCUCGCGCUAUGUUGUGGAAUGCAGUGACAGGUUCUUGGAGUGCAGAGCAGAAGGGACGGAGCAGUCGGGGCAUUCCCGUUACAUCGACAGCAGCGUGGAUUACAGGGAGCGUGUCUCAGGCUCAGAGCAGGAAGGGAGUGUGGCAGAGGAGUCCCAACAUUUGUACAUGCCGCAGGACACGCCGUAUGCGGAUGAGGGUGCUGUUCGCCACUCACUGGCCGACACAGUGGGUUCGCAGCUCGCUGAUCAAAUGUACUGCAGUGACAGCUUGCCUGGACCAUUCAUAAGUAGCAGCAGGAACUAUUCUACCCAAACAGAGCCUGAGGUGUUGGACUCUGGGGAGGUGUCUGAACUAGAGCACAGAACCCCAGAUAUGGCAGAGCUGGAGGAAAUGAUGGAGGUGGUGAUUGUACAGCAGUUUAAGUGUAAGAUGUGCCCAUAUAAAAGUGUCUCCAAGGAUACGCUCAUCAACCACAUGAGGGACAGACAUUUUAAACCACCAGGUGCUCCGCCCCCCAAAAAACGUGGCCGGGGUCGUCCACGAAAAUCAGAAACUAAAGAGCAACCCGUUUCUGAAGUCAAGAAGGAAGAGCCACCUGAAGAAGAGGAUGAUGACAUCAUUGAUGCUGGUGCCAUUGAUGACCUUGAAGGCGACAGUGAUUAUAAGCCAGCUGAUGAAGAGGCUAGGCUCAGAUCAGCUGCCAGUCAUAGCACACCUCCUCCUCCUCCUCCGUGUUCUUCCUCAUCUUUCACUAUUUUGCGUAAACGGCCCAGAAGAAUGGUGGGCCCACCCCGCAAAUUCAUUUUCUCCCAAAGUUUCUCAGAAGCACCAGCAGUGUCUCAGACAAACUAUCCAGGUGACCCUCAAGCUCCUGAAGAGGCAAGCUCCACUGGAUUGGAGAUCGGAACCUCCUCAUUAUCCAAUGGGAGUACAGCGGAGCCAGGCAUUAGCCAGUCAGAUUCAGAGAACAAAGAUCCCUCAUCAAACACUGGCCCUGAUGACAUAGAGUUUUUGCCAAGGAAACGAGGACGGCCUUCUAAACGCUUCCUUCAGAAGAAGUACAAAAAGUACAUGAAUCGCAAUAAGUACUACAGAUCCCUGAAGCCUCUACUAAGGCCUCAUAAUUGCUGGAUCUGUGGCUCCCGUUUUCUUUCACAAGAGGAUCUCCGUUUCCAUGUGGAUUCUCAUGAAGGAAAUGACCCUGAACGCUUCAAGUGUUUGCAGUGUAGCUACUGCUGUAAACGUUGGUCCUCACUCAAAGAGCACAUGUUCAAUCAUGAAGGUACAAAACCUUAUAAGUGUGAGUCAUGUGAUUACUCCAGUGUUUAUAAGAAAGAUGUCAUCCGGCACUCGGCUGUCCACAACAAAAGCAAGACUCGGAAGACAGAUAUGGUUCCCAAAGUGUCAGAGUUUCCGUGUCCCAUCUGCCACCGUGUGUACCCAAUGCAGAAACGCCUCACGCAGCACAUGAAGACACACAGCACAGAGAAGCCUCACAUGUGUGACAAGUGUGGGAAAUCCUUCAAGAAACGCUACACUUUCAAAAUGCAUCUUCUCACACACAUACAAAACUGCGGCAACAGCUUGUUUAAGUGUGAGUUCUGUGAAAUAACCUGCAAUGACAAGAAAAACUUGCUCAAUCAUCAGCUAUCCCACACCAAUGACAAACCUUUCAAAUGUGAAGAUUGCAAAUACUCUACGAGUAAAGAGGAUUUCCUGGUGUCCCACAUAGCCAUUAAACAUACAGGUGAAAAGCCCUUCUCCUGUGACAUGUGCCAUUUCACGACCCGACACAGGAAGAACCUUCGGCUGCAUGUGCAGUGUCGUCACCCUGAGGCCUUCGAGGAGUGGAGUCAUGUGCACCCUGAGGAGCCCAUCCGUCACCGCCAGAAACCUGUUUUCACCUCUCAGCAGAUUGAAGACCUUAGGUUGCAGCAUGAGACGCAGGGACUUCAGGGCACAAUUGUGUCAGUGGACCCCAUCACUCUCCAAACCAUUGAGUCCAUGGGAAACACUACCAUAAUUUACGAGCAAGCCCAGACUGCUGACCUCUCAGCCCAGAAUGCCCUAGACCUGUUGCUGAACAUGAGUAACGCAAGAGAACUGCAGGUGGCGGUGCUGAAAACAGAUGGUAAGACUCUGGAGACUGGGUCUUGGCCUGGAGCUGGCUCUGGGGGUCAACCUCAAAAGAUUGUGACCUUCCAUGUGUCAGAGAAUGGAGAUACUGUGGUGCAGGAGGCGUUUGAGACAGCUGAAGGUACCGUGAAGCAAGAAGAGGCUACUGGUGUGUCACAGGAAGUGGCAGAGAUUGGCAUCAGUACAUAUGAGGGAGAAGAGUUCAGUGUGGUGGAACAGGCUGUUCCUGCCACUGGAACAACACACAGUUUAGAGGAGCCCUCGGCUGAGCCACAGGUGAUGGAAGUGAGCACCGAGCCCACUGCACCUCUGAAAGAGAGUAAAGAGAAGUUUUACCUGAGCUCAGGUCUCACGGAUGGAGUCCUGCAGCAGGUGGAGCUGAGCAGUGAAGCUCCAGGCUCCCCUUCUCUGUGUCCAUCACCCUCUUCUCAACAGUUCAACAACAAACGCUUCUCCUGCCGGAUCUGCAUGGAAGCUUUCCAUGGCCGCUCAGACAUGGAGAACCAUAAGAGGGCGCACAUAGACCCCAAAACGUUUAAAUGUCCUGACUGUGACUUCACAGCACCUUCCUGGCCAGAUGUCAAGUCUCACAUGGCCAUGCACGCUUAUUUGAGGCCUCAUAAAUGCACCAGCUGCAGUUUUGCCUCCAAGAACAAGAAAGACCUGAGACGCCACAUGAUGACACACACUAACGAGAAGCCUUUCGCUUGUCAGGUCUGUGGACAAAGGUUCAACCGUAAUGGCCAUCUGAAGUUCCAUAUGGAGAGGCUUCACACUCAGGAGGCCUCUCUCCCUAAAAGCCGCUCUGUCCCCUCUCAGCAGACCAUCAUUGUUAACAGUGAUGAAGAGGCUUUAGCCACACUGCAGACCGGUCAGGCAGUGAUCAGCCCAGAGAGGUUACAACAGGCUUUGGGUCAGGAGCACAUCAUUGUGACCCAGGAUCAGACACUUUCUGACCAGGAGGAGGCGACAUAUAUUCAGCAGAUCACAACAGUUGAUGGACAGACGGUACAGCACUUAAUGACUGGAGACAAUCAAGUCACUGAGGUCCAGUACAUCAUCUCCCAGGACGGAGUUCAGCACUUAAUACCACGGGAAUAUGUGGUGGUGUCUGAUGGCAAUCACAUUCAGAUGGAGGAUGGAGAGAUCACUCACAUUCAUUACGAACACGAUGGGACGUUUCUGCAGGAGCAGCAGAUUGAUGGACAGAUCCAGUAUGUUCCCAUCACUGCUGAGCAACAGAUUGUUGCCCCUGAGGACCUGGAGGCUGCCGCCCAUUCCGCUGUCACAGCUGUUGCAGAUGCAGCCAUGGCUCAGGAGCAGACGUUUUACACAGAGGCCACACCUGAACAACUUGAACAGCUGCAGCAACAAGGCAUUCAGUAUGAUGUCAUAACAUUUACUGAGGAGUAGAAAAUAAAUACACUCUGAUUUGAACACCAACAGAAACACACACACAGAAUUGUGUGGCUCGUGGCUGCUCCAUAUGACUGCAGUGGACAUCACAGACUCUGAUGAUCAUCAAUCAGACCGAGAUGUUUCACAGACUCAAAUUAUCUUUUGCCAGAAUUGUCCAGGAAGAGGGUGAAUGUACUGUUAGAUGCACUCUGCAAAUUAUACAAAUCAUGCCUUUAUAUUUAUUUGUCAUAUUUAAAAUUAUUUAUCUUUGUGUGCCUACAGUGUUUUUUCCUUGUAAAGAAAAAAAAAGAAAACUGUGCAACCUGUAUAGAGAAUUCUGUAUUUAAUUCUGUGUUGCUGUGGUGUACUACCAUGGAUUCAACUUCUACUGUUCUUCUGAUUUAGACAGAAUUGGAAUUGUACAAGUGUGUAAAAAGUGUUGGACGAUUGAUAUAUCUUUUUUCAUAUGGUUCCUCGCUGUAGCUAAAAUAAAGGUGGGUUUUAUUUUCAUUUUAUGUGAAACACUGUUUCGUCUUUAUCUUCUUCAGUUUUAAAAAUACUUUUACUUUCAGUCUAUAAAGAUGCCUGCAGAAAUUAAGU